AUGAAGAAAAUUACAUUCAAGGAGGCCGUUGGAUGUCUAACUUUCGUGGCUCAGGUGACUCGUUCGGACAUUGCUUUUGCGAUGAAUGCUGUUAGUCAGUUCAGUGCCUGUCCAGGUCGUCAACAUUGGGAAGCCGUGAAGAAGAUAAUUCGCUACUUGAAGGGAACGUCGACGAAGAAGUUGGAGUAUUCCAAGCAAGGAUCUACCGAGCUAGUUGGCUACAGCGAUGCCGAUUGGGGAGGAGAUACAGAUACCCGGAAAUCGACGACGGGCUACGUUUUCACGCUACAAGGAGGAGCCAUAUCGUGGAAUGUUAAAAAGCAGCCAACCGUCGCUUUGUCAUCCUGUGAAGCAGAAUAUAUGGCCCUGUUGCGUACAAUUCAGGAGGCCAUGUGGUGGAACAACUUGCAGUCGCAGAUAUUCGAGGAACAGCAUCCGAUACCUCUUAAUUGCGACAACCAAUCUGCAAUCAGCAUCGCGACAAAUGGAUCAUACAACCCUCGCACGAAGCACGUGAGCAUUCGCUAUCACUUCGUGCACAAUAGCCUACAGGAAGGAGUGGCGCAGCUGUCCUACGUAUCGACGACCGAGCAGCCAGCUGAUGGUUUUACGAAGCCCUUGGCCGUCCAGAAGCAGCAUCGUUUUUGCGAACUUGUGGGUGUCUCGGAUUAA